AUGAUAAAGCUCGUCCUGGACUGCCUCCUGCUCCUGCCCCUGCUGCUCAUCUUCCUCCUGGAGUCUCUCCUCAAGUCCUUCAUCCCCAAGAAGAGGAAGUCGGUGGCGGGAGAAGUCGUCCUGAUUACGGGAGCCGGGCACGGCAUCGGGAGGCUGACCGCCUAUGAGUUUGCCAAGCUGAAAAGCAAGCUGGUGCUGUGGGACAUCAAUAAGCAUGGCAUUGAGGAAACAGCGGCUGAAUGCAGGAAACUGGGUGCGCAGGCACAUGCCUUUGUGGUAGACUGCAGCAACCGAGAAGAUAUUUACAGCUCGGCGAAGAAGGUGAAGACAGAAGUUGGAGAUGUUAGUAUUCUGGUAAAUAACGCCGGUGUGGUUUAUACAGCCGAUUUGUUUGCUACACAAGACCCUCAAAUUGAAAAGACUUUUGAGGUUAAUGUACUUGCACAUUUCUGGACCACCAAGGCAUUUCUUCCAGCGAUGAUGAGGAGUAAUCACGGCCAUAUUGUCACUGUGGCUUCAGCAGCUGGGCAUACUACAGUUCCCUUUUUAAUGGCUUAUUGCUCCAGCAAGUUUGCUGCUGUGGGAUUCCACAGAGCUUUGACUGAAGAACUGGCGGCCUUGGGAAGAACUGGAGUCAAAACCUCAUGUCUCUGCCCUAAUUUCAUAAACACCGGCUUCAUCAAAAACCCAAGCACCAGUUUGGGACCCACCCUGGAACCUGAGGAGGUGGUGAGCAAGCUGAUGAAGGGAGUUCUGACUGAGCAGAAGAUGAUUUUUGUUCCAUCUACGGUAAAGCUUUUAACUGUGGUGGAGAGGAUGUUUCCUGAGCGUUUCCUGUCAGUUUUAAAACGGAAGAUCGAUGUUAAGUUUGAUGCAGUUAUUGGAUAUAAAAGUAAAGGAGAAUAA